GAUAGGCUGCCACAGGGGAGGAGGAGCGGGUCGGGGAGGCUGAAGCAUGGCGACCAUCAUCAGGAGGUCCGCGGGCUUCUUGCUGAAAUGCAGCAGCUAUGUCCGUCACGUCACUGUGUCUUCUAGGUCAAUGGCCUCUAAAACCCCAGUGGGAUUUAUUGGGCUUGGCAACAUGGGUAACCCAAUGGCAAAGAACCUGAUAAAGCAUGGCUAUCCGGUUGUUGCUUCUGAUGUCUUCCCUGAGUCAUGCAAGGAACUACAAGAUUUAGGAGCACAGAUCAUGGAUUCUCCUGGUGAUGUGGCUGAUCGAGCUGAUAGAAUUAUAACUAUGUUGCCAUCAAGCCCUAAUGUGAUUGAAGUUUAUCAUGGUUCAAAUGGGAUUUUCAAGAAGCUAAAGAAGGGUUCAUUGUUAAUAGAUUCCAGCACUAUUGACCCUUCAGUUUCUAAGGGAUUGGCCAAAACAGCAGAAAAAAUGGGAGCGCUGUUCAUGGAUGCACCAGUAUCUGGUGGUGUUGGUGCUGCAACAAGCGGCAACCUUACAUUCAUGGUUGGUGGACUGGAAGAAGAGUUCAACGCGUCUAAAGAACUGCUGAACUGCAUGGGAGCCAAUAUAAUUUAUUGUGGACAAGUCGGAACUGGCCAGGCUGCAAAGAUCUGUAACAACAUGCUGCUGGCUAUUUGUAUGAUUGGAAGCGAAACCAUGAAUCUGGGAAUCAGGCUAGGGCUUGACCAGAAGCUCCUGGCGAAAGUUCUGAAUAUGAGCUCGGGUCGAUGCUGGUCAAGUGACACAUACAACCCUGUGCCAGGAGUGAUGGCGGGCGUCCCUUCUGCUAAUGAUUAUCAAGGAGGAUUUAGCACAGCACUGAUGGCAAAGGAUUUGGGAUUGGCACAAAACGCAGCCACAAACUCCAAAACUCCAGUUCUAUUAGGAUCCUUGUCUCAUCAGAUUUACCGGAUGAUGUGUGCAAAGGGUUAUGCCCAGAAAGACUUUUCUUCAGUGUUCCAGCACCUGCGUGAGGAAGAGAAUAAUUAACCUAGGCUCAUACCUUUUAGCUUCUUGAGAUAUUAGUGAGGGGAAAAGUGCAACAUUUAACAGUGUUCAACAAACUUAAUUUUUUCCUCCAAAAAGACAGGAGGAUUUUAUAGCCAUAAAUCCUGGUCACAGAAAGAGUCUACUUUCUAACCUGUAUAGUUAUGUACCCAGAAAUCCCUGAAUUUGGUGUGGGGUUAAGGCAAUGCAAGUGUUUUGCUGAAUUAUGAACAAACUGUCAAGAGCGUUUUAUAUGAGAAUUAUGACUGUUACUGCAUAUUCCAUUUAUUUACUUUGUUAUUGGGUAAAAUGUGAAUGGAUAGAAAAAUAGUUCUGUGUAUUAUCUUCCAUUGAGUUUCAUCGCCAACCACUCAGUCAAGAGCUUGUUAUUCCACAGAUCUUUUUUUCCUUGUUUUUCCUUUUGUUUUUUGUUUUGUUCUUCUAGGAUCAAAUGUAACAGUUAAAAUCUCACAAUUUAGUGAAAUGCAAUUAUAAAUUGAAAUAAAUUUCUAUUAAUGAUGUACAAA